CUCUAACCGACACUGCGUCAUCAGAAAUUUUCGAGACCGUUCGUUGAGUCUUCUUCCAUUCUUUUGCUACGAAUUUCUCUUGCCACAUUCCUCUAUGGCAGAUGCGAACCUGAGUUUGGCGUCCAAUGAGGGCGCAGACCUUCGCUCGAGGGGCACAGCCAAAGACAAGUCAGAACGCGCUCCGGGGGGGUAUUCUCGGCAUUGGGAGCAGGAAGGACAACCAAUUGAGGAUGAUGACAAGGCGAGAGAUCAACGCAAAGCGCAGUAUACAGAUCUGGUGAAUGACUACUACGAUGCGACGACCGACAUCUAUCUCGAAGCGUGGGGUGAAUCAUUCCAUUUUUGUCGCUUCCCACGGGGCCCAGAACCAAAAGCCACGGCAAUCUCGCGACAUGAGCAUUACAUUGCUCAUAUGAUGGGCCUGCAACCGGGCAUGAGAGUUCUGGAUGUUGGAUGCGGGGUUGGCGGGCCAGCAAAGGAGAUUGCGUCGUAUGCGAAUUGCAGCAUUGUUGGUCUUAAUAACAAUGCAUAUCAAGUCAAGAAGGCGCAAGAGCUAGCAAAGAAAGAGGGAAUGGACAAGUCGGUGGAGUUCGUGAAAGGCGAUUUCAUGACCAUACCAUUCCCGUCCAAUAGUUUCGAUGCAGUUUAUGUUAUCGAAGCGACCGUCCAUGCGCCAUCGCUUGAAGACGUAUAUUCGGAAAUCUUCCGCGUUCUAAAACCGGGAGGGACGUUCGGUGUCUUUGAAUGGGUCAUGACCGACAAGUUCGACUCCAGCAACAGGAAGCACAUGGCUAUAAGACUUGGCAUUGAACGAGGCAACGGAAUUCCAACAAUUCAGACAAAGAACGCCGCACGUGAAGCUAUGAGAACAGCCGGAUUCGAAUUGACUGUGGCCGAAGAUCUGGCGGAGAGAGAUGAUCCUGUGGGUUGGUGGUACGUUAUUGCGGGUGAUGUCAAACAUGCCCAGAGCCUUCAAGACUGGUCGGUUAUUGUAAGGAAUACGAAGUUAGGGAGAGUGGCAGUGAGAUUGCUUGUCCGCGGCCUCGAGUUUGUGAGAUAUGCUCCAAAGGGAACGGCGAAGAUUACGGAAGAACUUAUCAUUGCAGGAGAUGCACUGGUGUUGGGUGGAACGAGUGGAGUAUUCACCCCGAUGUAUUUGAUGGUUGGGAAGAAACCAGAAGCAUAAUGUGAAGCUCUGAGGGGCACAGAGAUCAUGGAUUACUAGAUUGACUGCUGAAGAAGCGCAUCUGAGUUUUCGUGUGCUCAAGGGAGCGAGCCAGGCAACAUGGUUCUAGGCAAGCAGCAUAUAACUAUCACAGGCAGCAAGUAGCUAUACCAGGUAUAAAAUGUAGCUGAAAUACGUAAACUUUAC